AUGUCUGCCUCGGGGGAAAAUAGCAAACAAUAUGACAGUAUCAUGAAGGUGUUGCUAAUUGGUGAUUCCGGUGUUGGGAAAUCGUGUUUACUGGUCCGUUUCGUGGAGGAUAAAUUCUCUCCGUCGUUCAUUACCACCAUUGGGAUAGAUUUCAAGAUUAAAACGGUCGAUAUCAAUGGAAAGAAGAUCAAGCUACAACUGUGGGACACUGCCGGGCAAGAACGGUUCAGAACAAUUACCACGGCGUACUACCGUGGGGCCAUGGGGAUCAUUCUUGUGUACGACGUCACCGAUGAACGGACAUUUGAGAACGUCAAGAAUUGGUUCAAGACCGUGAGCGACCACGCUACUGACGACGCACAACUUCUGUUGGUUGGGAACAAAUGUGACAUGGACACAAGACUGGUCACACAUGAACAAGGUGAGGCCCUGGGGAAGGAAUUGGGGAUUCCAUUUGUGGAAGCAAGCGCAAAGGACGACACAAACGUCAACGAGGUGUUCUUUACGCUGGCAAAGCUUAUUCAAGGAAGACUCGAUAGCCAAAGUGCGGCCGACAGCACGGCUGGCCGCGGAAACAGUAAGGGCGGUGUGAAUAUUAACGAAAACGGCAAGAAAAGCUCCUCGAAUUGCUGUUGA